AUGGCGGCACCAGUCGACUACAGCACGUAUUUGGUCACUGAUUCGACGCCGGGAAUCUUGGGGGACCGGGACCUAUGCCAAGUCGUCGAGGCUGCGCUACAGGGUGGUGUUACCAUCGUUCAGUACAGAGACAAGCACUCGUCAAGGGACGUUGUCGUCGAGACGGCCAAGAAGCUCCAUGAUAUUUGCAAACGCUUCCAAGUCCCAUUUCUCAUCAACGACCAGGUUGACGUCGCUGCCGAGAUUGGUUGCGAGGGUCAAGCCAGAGAGCUACUCGGCCCCGGCAAGAUCAUCGGCGUGACGGCCAGCUCCGUCGAGGAGGCCCUCCAAGCAGCCAAAGCCGGCGCGGACUACUUGGGGAUCGGGACCGUGUACUCUACCCAGACCAAGAAAGACACCAAGUCCAUCAUCGGGCCCAGCGGCGUGCGGACAAUCCUCUCGCAGCUGGCUGCCAGCGGCCACGGCGCCAUCGCCACCGUCUGCAUCGGCGGCAUCAACAUCUCCAACACGCAGCAGGUCAUGACGCAGAGCAGCGCGCCGGCCAAGAGCUUGGAUGGCGUCGCCGUGGUGAGCGCCAUCAUCGCCGCCGCCGACCCUGCUGCCGCCGCCAGAGAGCUAAGCUCGAAGGUCCUUACGGCCAAGGUCCCGGAUGUCAUCCAGGCGGUAGCCAAGAAGACGCCGUUGUCGCAUAACAUGACCAACCUUGUCGGUAUCCCCCUUUCCCCUAGUACAACGACUGAAUUGCUAACCUAUCUGCAGGUCGUCCAGAACUUCGCCGCCAAUGUCGGUCUCGCAGUCGGCGCAAGCCCCAUCAUGGCAAACUACGCCGAGGAGGCCGCCGACCUGGCCAAGCUGGGAGGCUCCCUCGUCAUCAACAUGGGCACCGUCACCCCAGACGGCCUGAAGAACUACGUCCAGGCACUCGAGGCCUACAACGCCGCAGGCGGGCCAGUCCUCCUCGACCCCGUCGGCGCCGGAGCCACCGCCGUCCGCCGCUCGGCAGUCAAGACCCUCCUCGCCGCCGGCUCCUUCGCCGUCAUCAAGGGCAACGAGGGCGAGAUCCAGACCCUCCACGGCGCAUCCGUAACCCAGCGCGGCGUCGACUCCGACUCCACCCUCUCCCUCGCCCAGCGCGCCUCCGUCGUGCAGUCCGUCGCCCGCGCCCACAGCGCCGUCGUCCUCAUGACGGGCGUCACCGACAUCCUCAGCGAUGGCCGCCGCACCUUCCGC